AUGGACUGCAUGCACUGGGUGGAUCGGGACUCGUACCUGCCGCAGGGGAGCAGGGGCCUCAAGGCUGUCACCAAGGCCAAGCUGGGUUACGACCCCGUGGAGGUGGCCCCCGAGGACAUGGUCCGCCUGGCCCGGGAGACCCCGCAGGCCAUGGCCAGCUACUCGGUGUCGGAUGCGGUGGCCACCUACUACCUCUACAUGACCUACGUGCACCCCUUCAUCUUCUCGCUGGCCACCAUCAUCCCACUGCCGCCGGAUGAGGUGCUGCGGAAGGGCAGUGGCACGCUGUGCGAGCAGCUGCUGAUGGUGGAGGCCUACCGUGCCAACAUCGUGUGCCCCAACAAGCACCUCAGCGAGCGCGAGUCGCUGUACCGCGGGCACCUGCUGGAGAGCGAGACGUACAUCGGGGGGCGGGUGGAGGCGCUGGAGAGCGGCGUGUUCAGGAGCGACCUGCCGCUGCGGUUCAAGUGCAAGCCGGCAGCGUACCAGAUGCUGCUCGACAACCUGGAUCGCGACCUGUCGUACGCGCUCCGCCACGAGGCCAAGUGGGCGGGCGGCCCCGAGGAGUGCGCCAACUACGGGGAGCUGCGGGCGGCCAUUGCGGCCAAGCUGGAGGCGCUGAGGGACACGCCUAACAGGGAGGAGUGUCCGCUGCUGUACCACCUUGACGUGGCCGCCAUGUACCCCAACAUCAUCCUCACCAACCGCCUGCAGCCCUCCGCAAUCGUCACGGAGGAGGACUGCGCGGCGUGCGACUUCAACGCGCCGGGGAAGACGUGUCUGAGGGAGAUGGAGUGGGUAUGGCGCGGCGAGCACUACUCGGCAACCCGCUCCGAGUACAUGCAGAUAAAGGCGCAGCUAGCAUCGGAGACGUUUGCACCCGCAGCAGGUGCAGGAGGAGCGGGCGGUGCGGGGGGCCUGGACGGACCCAUGGGUCAGCCGCGCACCUGGGGUGAGCUGACCCCCGACGAGCAGCGCAAGCACCUGCAGGACCGCCUCAAGAAGUACUGCCAGAAGGUGUACAAGCGCGUGCUUGACAAGCCGGUCACCGAGCUGCGUGUGGCGGGCAUCUGCCAGCGGGAGAACGCAUUCUACAUCGACACCGUGAGGGCGUUCAGGGACCGGAGGUACGAGUACAAGGGGCUGGGAAAGGUCUGGAAGGGCAAGCUGGACGAGGCCAAGGCGGGCGGCAACCCCAUCCGCAUCCAGGAGGCCGCCGACAUGUGCGUGCUGUACGAGAGCCUGCAGCUGGCGCACAAGUGCAUCCUCAACUCCUUUUACGGCUACGUGAUGCGCAAGGGCGCGAGGUGGUACAGCAUGGAGAUGGCGGGGGUGGUGACGUACACGGGGGCAAACAUCAUCCAGCGUGCCAACAAGCUGGUGUUGGACCUGGGUCGCACCCUGGAGCUGGACACGGACGGCAUCUGGUGCGCACUGCCGGGCUCCUUCCCGGAGAACUACAAGUUCAAAAACAGCAAGAACGGCAAGGAGUUCAAGCUGUCGUACCCCUGCUGCAUCCUGAACGUCAUGGUGGCCCAGCACAACACCAACUCCCAGUACCAGACGCUUGUCAAACCGCCCCCCGGGCAGCCCGCCCCGCCCGGGCCCCCGCGCUACGUCACCAGCAGCGAGAUGAGCAUCGAGUUCGAGGUGGAUGGACCCUACAGGGCCAUGAUCCUGCCCGCCAGCAAGGAGGAGGGCAAGAGCAUCAAGAAGCGCUACGCGGUGUUCAACCACGACGGCAGCCUGGCGGAGCUGAAGGGCUUUGAGGUGAAGCGGAGGGGGGAGCUCAAGCUGAUCAAGGUCUUCCAGGCAGAGGUGUUCGAGCAGUUCCUGUCGGGCGGCACCCUGGAGGAGUGCUACCGCGCCGUGGCGGCGGUGGCGGACCGGUGGCUGGACCUGCUGGACACGCGCGGGGUGGACCUGGAGGACGAGGAGCUGCUGGGCUACAUCAGCGAGGCCACCACCAUGAGCAAGGCGCUGGCGGAGUAUGAGGGUCGCAAGUCCUGCGCCAUCAGCACCGCCAACCGCCUGGCCGCCUUCCUGGGUGACGAGCGCAUCAAGGACAAGGGGCUCAACUGCACCUACGUCAUUGCGCGCCAGCCGGCCACCCAGCCCACCAGCGAGAGGGCCAUCCCGGUGUCCAUCUUCUCCGCGGAGCCCGCGGUGGCGAGGGCGUGGCUACGGAAGUGGUGCGGAGGAGACGUGGGCUCCGGCGGCCCCAAUGGCGUCCCCGACGUGCGCGACAUCGUGGACUGGGCCUACUACCGCGAGCGGCUGGGCAGCGCCAUCCAGAAGAUCAUUACCAUCCCCGCGGCGCUGCAGGGGCUGCCCAACCCCGUGCCCAGGGUCAAACACCCGGACUGGCUGCACAAGAGGAUCCGCGAGCGCACUGAUAAGUGUCAGCAGCUGCGUCUGACGGACAUGCUGUCCCGCAUGCGGGCUAGCGCUGCUGCUGCGGCUGCCGGCAAGGAGCAGCAGGAGGAGGGCAGCCCGGGGGGCCGAGGAGAGGGGGAGCAGGACGAGGAGGAAGAGGAGGACGGGGAGCGGCCCCGGGGAGCGGAGGGUGCUGACGAG